AUGCACACAGAACACUAUGUGCCGUGAGGAGGUCGGCCUCUCCAGCCCGAAGCUGGAAGUGGAAGGCCUGUCACGCUGCCUUAGCGACCUCGAAGGAAUGCCCAUCAAGGAGUUCAUCUCUGAUCAGCACUUGGGUGUCCGGAAGGUUGUCAGGCAACGUCUGCCAGGAGUGCAGCACUCGUAUAACGUCAGGCACGCUGCGAAGAACGUGGCGAAGCGCCUGCGCCAACAUGCAGCGAAGGCUACAAACCGGGCGCUGAGACCUUGGGUGCGCCACGUCAAAAAUCACUUCUGGUGGUGCGCCCAAACAUCGCACGGAGACGUCGACGUGUUCAAGAAGCGGUGGAUGAUGAUCGUAAACCACGUGGUAAACAUCCACGCUACACCCAGCGGCCUCAACCGCUGUCACCAUGCUGACGUGCCGGAGGGCGAGUCUCGGGAACCGCCGUGGCUGCUGCCGGGAUCCUCGGCGCACAACGCCCUGUGGGAGGUCGUGGCCAGCUACCGCACACUGAACCUCGCUGCCUUCGUUGUGAACUACAGGCGCACUGACAACCUGGAGGUGUUUCACGCAGCCAGCCUUGAGCACACUCCAAAGCCGAAAUACUUCGCGCCUCCCGACUUUGUUACCCGGAAGCGCGCAGCUGUGCUGGACUGGUCCGCACACCGCAGCCGAGACCAUGCCAGGGACGAGGAGGGCAACGUCAAAACGUCUCGCGUCUACAGCCGUGUCUCCGACCAGUACAUCGUACGGCCGGUGAAGGCGCCGAAGACCUUCCCGCACGUGCGCCCGCUCCUGGAGGCCAUCGUGGACAGGCGUAUGCAGGUCACGAUCACCGGUCCGUCGGAGCACUCCGGUGUGGCACACCCGCUCGUGCGCCGCGGACCCCGGGCAGACGAAAGCCGGGAGAGCCUGACGGACAGUCGCGUUCGGCACAGCCGAUUCCAGUAGCUUUUUUGUCAUUUGUCACAUCAUUGUCAUGUCAUGUCGUGUCAUGAUUGCUUUGUUUUGUUCUGUCAUAUAAGCUGUUUUGUCAUCAUUUGUCAUGACUGCUAGCCCAGCUUUGCUCCCCCUGGUGGACGUAAUGCGAUGUUUACCAAGGACCGGAACCUCCUGCAGAAUUGUCAUGUCAGGUUUGUGGGCGAGCGACAGGUCAUUUUUCAUUAUCGUUGGAUGCGUAAUCGCCGAAGAUCUGUUUGUGUCUUCCUUACGUACGGUUUGUGGAUUCGAAAAACGUGCGGAACAAGUGACUCCACUUGAUUGUGUGCCUUGCGGAAAGCGAUGUGUGCAUUGUAUCGGGUGUUUUUGGCCCAUGAUACAUAUGAUACAGAGUAAAUACAGGAAUGCACGCUUGACCAGC